UAGUAUAAGUUUGGAUUAAUGUAACUCUAUGCUUCCCACUUAUAGUUAGCUUACGUCCUCAUUACUGUUAAUUUCCGGAACUUUCUACGCUUUCCAAUACAGAAGCAUCCUUUUUUCCUUUUUCUUUUAUGAGAUAUUCAGAACCAAUCGAGUAGCCCCGCGGAAGCUUCUGGAACUGCCCAAACACUACACCUUCCCAUCGCUUCGACGUCCGUUGUAUAUUCUCCUUCACAUGAUAUAAACACAUUCAAAGCCUUGAACCAGCUCAAACAAACACAUUUAUAUCAAGCUUUUGAUCCAUUUAGCUCACAACUUCAUUCAGGCAUUUUCACAAACAAUUGGCAAUGGCUGACGAAGGUACGGUUACAGUCUACAACAGCAGUGCCAUCACCGACGCCAAGAAGAACUUAUUUUCAAGCAAGGUCGGUCUAGCCCAAAUGCUCAGAGGUGGAGCGAUUGUCGAAGUCACGAGUGCCGAACAAGCCAAGAUCGCCGAGUCUGCCGGAGCUUGCUGCAUCGUCGUAACAGAGCAAGUCCAAGGUGGUAUUUCGCGAAUGCCGGAUCCAGCUCUCAUCAAAGAAAUCAAAAGAUCCGUCUCAAUUCCCUUAAUGGCGAAAGUCCGAGUUGGGCAUUUCGUUGAAUCCCAAAUUCUCGAAGCCAUCGGUGUUGAUUACGUCGAUGAGAGCGAGCUUCUUGCCAUUGCUGAUGAAGAUCAUUUCAUCAAUAAACAUAAUUUACGGGUCCCAUUCGUUUGUGGGUGUCGAGAUCUUGGAGAGGCCUUGCGGAGAGUGAGAGAAGGAGCCGCUAUGAUAAGGACUCAAGGAGAUCUAUUGGGUACAGGCAACAUAGUGGAGACGGUUCGCAAUGUGAGGAAAGUAAUGGCGGAUAUAAGGAUUUUGAAUAACAUGGAUGAAGAUGAAGUGUUUGCGUUUUCGAAGAAGAUAGCAGCGCCUUACGAUCUUGUCGCUCAAACCAAGCAAAUGGGUAGGCUUCCAGUAGUCCAUUUUGCUGCGGGAGGGGUUAUGACGCCAGCAGAUGCGGCAAUUAUGAUGCAAUUGGGGUGCGAUGGAGUGUUUGUUGGAUCGGAAAAUUUCAAUAGUUCGGAUCCUUAUAAGAGAGCUCAUGCAAUUGUGCAGGCUGUUAGAAACUAUAAUGAUCCACAUGCGUUGGCGGAGAUGAGCAGCGGGUUGGAGUAUGCCAUGGCGGGCCUUAAUCUCAGUGAGGACAGGGUCGAACAGUUUGGUACUGGAGGUACCAAUUGAUCGAAGUUUUGUCAACUCUAAUUUGUAUGAUCUGUUAAAUUUCCAGUCUAUAACUGUAGUAGAGAUGUCCUGUUUCAGCAUUGAGGUUGUUCUGUUGAGGUUGUUCUUUUAACACGAAUAUAUCUGAUAUUAUCUUUCUGGAGGACGUAGUAAAUUGAUUUGGCAAAAUGUUUGGGAUUAAUUGUUCUAAUUACACAUAUGCAUAAGAAAAUUAUGACUCAUGAAUGUGUUCACACGAUUAUUCAAUCAUUUGGUAAUUAUUUAACAUGGUUGUGACUAAGGGAUGUUGGAAUAGACAUUACAAAGCUUUUUU